AUGGCCGAGGCCACGGAGCCUGAGGGCGGCGCCCCGGGUCCCCAGGGGUCGCCCGAGGGCCCCGCGCUUCCGGAGGAGAGACCCGGCGAGCCAGGGGCCCCUGGGGCGCUGGGGGCCAGCGUAGACGCCGGAGUGCCAGCAGGGGACAACGUGGACGCCGAGGGCCCGGAGGAGGACGGCGUAGAUGCCGAGGGGCCAGCUGGGGACGGCGUAGACGCCAAGGGGCCGGGGGGGGCCGGUAUGGACGCCGAGGAGCCGGCGGAAGGGGCGCACAGGGUAGAGGAUGAGCCUCAGGCUAGGGGAGACGGCAGCCCCCCGCCUCAGGCCGAGGUGAUGCAAGUCGAAGCCGCCGAAAGCGAGGGGCGCAUCCUCGAGGAGCUUGCAGGGGACGCAGCCGCUGACGCCGUGGAGGGGGCAGGGGUCCCGGGGGGAGCGGGGUCCAAGGAAGCUGCCCCUGGUGUUGCGCGGGUAACCGGCAAGGACGGAGACGGGCCCCAGGAGGAGACGGAGGAGGAAGAGGACAGGCGAGAGUCGGUCCCGGAGGGGCCGAGCGAGGAAGCAGGAGCCGGGGGCGAGGAAGAAGCCCCCGACAGCAACGCCGAUGGGGCGGCGGCCGUGUCCAGGGGCGCCGCGGAGCCCGAGGCCCAGCUCGGCAACCACCUGCCCGAGGAGGGCGGCGGCGAGUCAGCGCGAGUGAACGGCCGCCGGGAGGAUGGAGAGGCGUCGGAGGAGGGGGCCCCGAGGCCGGAGCACGACAUCACCCUCUUCGUCAAGGCUGGCUAUGAUGGUGAGAGUAUCGGAAAUUGUCCAUUUUCUCAGCGUCUCUUUAUGAUUCUGUGGCUCAAGGGCGUUGUAUUUAAUGUGACAACAGUGGACCUGAAAAGGAAACCUGCAGACCUGCAGAACCUGGCUCCUGGAACCAACCCUCCUUUUAUGACUUUUGAUGGUGAAGUCAAGAUGGAUGUGAAUAAGAUCGAGGAGUUCCUAGAGGAGAAAUUAGCUCCCCCGAGGUACCCUAAGUUGGGAACCCAGCACCCCGAAUCUAACUCAGCAGGAAAUGAUGUGUUUGCCAAAUUCUCAGCAUUUAUAAAAAACACCAAGAAGGAUGCAAAUGAGAUUUAUGAAAAGAACUUGUUAAGGGCCCUGAAGAAGCUGGAUAAUUACUUAAAUAGCCCCCUGCCUGAUGAAAUAGAUGCGUAUAGCACAGAGGAUGUCGCUGUUUCCGGAAGGAAGUUCCUGGAUGGGAAUGAGCUCACACUGGCUGACUGUAACCUCUUACCCAAGCUCCAUAUUAUUAAGAUUGUGGCCAAAAAAUACAGAGAUUUUGAAUUUCCUUCUGAAAUGACUGGCAUCUGGAGAUACUUGAAUAAUGCUUACGUAAGAGAUGAGUUCACAAAUACGUGUCCAGCCGACCAGGAGAUUGAGCACGCAUAUUCAGAUGUUGCUAAAAGAAUGAAGUGAAGCUGGCGUGAUUUUUUUUCUUUUUUUUCUGUCCUAUUUCUCAGUUGAGUGAGUGAGGUCACAAAAAAGAGUGUGUUCUAUGUAUUGCUCUACA